CUUCGUGUCUUGGUCCUCUGCUUCCCACCCCUGUGAACAUUUUUACCUAAUUCUCUCCGAUUUAGUUCACAACUCUCUCUCCCUAUCUCCCUCUCCCUCUCUCUCUCUCUCCGACGAAGAAGAAGAAAUGCAAAGCUAAUGUUGUUAAUCGUUUUCGGCGAACAUUUUGCCACGAAAUUGAACUUUGGAUGUCGAUUGAUGUUAUGUAUCUCUUAUCUUCUGGUAGGUUCAUAAUGGCAAGCACUUCAGAUCAAGGAUAUAAUUCAAACAGAAUCUGUAGGCGUUGGUUGGCUGAAACAUUUGAUGGUCAUGACACAGCAGAAGAUGACCUAUCAGAUAAUGUAAAUGGAAAUGAUGAUAUCAUAAAACCAUCCAAUGAAAAUCUACCUCUAAAUUUGGAACCUUUAGAACCAUAUAUUGGCAUGGAGUUUGAAUCAGCAGAGGAGGCUAGGGAAUUCUAUGAGAUGUAUGGAAGACGUGUGGGCUUUACCAUGCGAAAUAAUCGCACCCGUCGAUCACUUAAAGAUAACUCAAUAAUUAGACGGCAAUUUGUUUGUUCAAAAGAAGGUUUCCGUGCAGAUAAAUAUGCUCACAGAGAGAACAGAAGUCUUCCAUCAAUGCCAGCUACCAGAGAGGGAUGCAAUGCGAUGUUGAGGAUAGCUGCGAAAGAUGGAGGGAAGUGGGUUAUAUAUGGUUUUGUCAAAGAGCAUAAUCAUGAGCUCAAUCCAAGCAAAGUACCACCCCGACGAUCGCAUAGGGUUGCUUUCUAUGAGGAUGAGAAAGAUAAGAAAAUUCAGGAACUGACUGCAGAACUGCGGGUUAAGAAACGACUAAGUGUAGCAUAUCAUGACCAGUUGCUUUCUCUUAUGAAAGAUGUUGAAGAUCACAAUGAACAUCUGUCGACCAAAGUCCAAUUUGUUCUUAAUAACCUCAAAGAACUUGAUGCUAAAAGGCAGGAGCUUUUACGCCAUAGAUAGCCCAAUCAUGUAGAGUGCCUUACAAUAUGUUUCUUAUUCAAAUUGGCUAGUCAUGCAUGCAUGUUUUCCUUUUUUUCUUUUUUUUGAACAGUUGCAUGCAUGUUCUUUCAUCCUUAAAUUUGUUGUCUCUGUAUGAUAUACGGAUCUUCUCUUUUCUUUUUCUGUUUUAAAAUUUAUUUUACCAGGGGAUUCAUUUCUUAUCUUAUUAAAAGAUUUGGCAGAUGCAUGUAUAAAUCUUAUACAUAAGUGAACAGAUAAUACAAUUAAUCCCUAAUAGAAUGGAAUGAGGAAAGGCAACAUCUUUGUUUU